AUGGAUCUCGUCGGAUUGGAAUGGCUCUAUACGAUGACGAAACGCGAGGCGCUUGAAGACGUGCUUGAGUGGGAGCAUCAAAGUCGGGGCCGCUUCCGGACACCUCUGUGGUGGGCUGGGACCCCACACACCGUGGGGCUCAAGGCUACCGGCCUGGUGCAGAGGACAUCCUGUCGCCAGAUUGACGAGGUCGAGGAUCUUUCAAUGAUGCGAUCGCGCACCUCAAUAGCCUGGACCUGA